UCUGUAAUUGUUCUUCUUCUUCGUUAUCCAUUUGUUCUUGAGGGAUAGCGUUUUCCCUCCCUCCCUCCCUCUGUAUCUUCUUCUUCUUCGAUCGCCAUUUUUCUCUUUCUAUCUCUAUAAAGAUUCUAUAUUUCUUCUACCCAUUGAUAGCUUACACUAAUGGCCACUUCCUCUCUUCCUUCCGUUUCCCAUCCUCUUCCACGGAAGACUUCAGCUUCAUAUCUCCAAUUGUCAUCCAAAACCAGCAUUUCUUCCCUAUUCAUUCGAAACCCACAUAACCCUUCCACUCAAUUGCUUCUUCUUUCUUCCACUCCCAAACCUCUCACUGUAAUCUCCAUGGCGCCCCCCAAACCAGCCGGUGGAAAAGCCAAAAAAGUGAUUGCGAUAAUUAAGCUUGCUUUGGAUGCUGGAAAGGCAACGCCUGCACCUCCAGUUGGUCCAGCCCUUGGUUCUAAGGGUGUUAAUAUUAUGGCCUUUUGCAAGGAUUACAAUGCUAGAACUGCUGAUAAACCUGGAUAUAUCAUUCCUGUUGAAAUUACUGUCUUUGAUGAUAAGAGUUUUACUUUCAUCUUAAAGACACCUCCAGCUUCAGUAUUGCUUAUUAAAGCUGCAGGAGCGGAGAAGGGUUCAAAAGACCCGAAAGCACAGAAAGUAGGGAAGAUCACGAUAGACCAAUUGAAGAUAAUUGCGCAAGAGAAGUUACCAGAUCUUAACUGCACAACAUUAGAAUCAGCUAUGAGAAUCAUUGCAGGUACUGCUGCUAACAUGGGAAUUGAUAUUGAUCCUCCUGUUCUUCAACCAAAGGAAAAGGUUGUUCUUUAGCUUGUUUUUAUCCCCUUUGUUGUCUAAAGCUUACUUAAAUAUUUAUUAUACAAUUCUUGUAUGUUUUUUCAAAUCCUUGUUCAUUGUGAUCUUUGCUUUAAGAUUCUUAUGUAGGCCUCCCAUUAUCCAGUUUAGCCAAACCUAAAUUAAAUUUCCUCGGCCUUUAUUCUCA